AUGGCGGCACUCGGAGGCCUCGUUAAAAAAACCGGUGGCUUGACAGGAGGAGACGGCGGUCCCCUCGGUGGACUCACCGGAGGCGGCGGGCUCGGCCAGCUGACGGGAGGAGGCGGACCCCUCGGGGCGGUGACAGGGGGCGGCGGUGUGGGCGAGCUGACAGGAGGGCUGACCGGCGGAGGUGGAGGCCAGUCGCACGGCAAGGUGGGCCACGGCUUCAACGGCGAGGCGUCGGACGUGAAGCAGUACAGCGGGGCCAAGAAGCCCAAGGAGCGCAACACCAUCGCCAAGCGCAACCUGGCCGACGCCAUCGACUGCGAGACGCUGUUGUGGCGCGCCUACUGCGACGAGCCAGACUCGGUCCUCGAGUACAUGGCCAAGGACGCCAUGGUCAUCGACCCCGUCACCCUCGGCACCUCCAGCCCCGUCACCUACGACGGGCUCGAGGAGAAGCUCAAGAAGGUCAAGCCCUGGACCGCCUACAAGAUCCACAAGGAGACGCGUGUUGUCAGCCAGAUCGGCCUCAUGAGCAUGUCUACCAUGUGCAAGGUCACGCUCUACAGGAUGGGUGACAAGAAGAAGGAUAACGAGGAGGUCGACGCUGUCACAUCGGCCGUCUGGAGGCAGACUGCUGGCGCCGAGUGGGAGUGCUGCAGUAUGCUGGUUGGUUAUGCCGAGUAA